AUGAAAACUGAUCAAUUUCUAUGUGGUGUCAUUGAAGGCUAUUAUGGGCGACCAUGGACAACUAAUCAACGAAAAACAUUAUUUGAAUAUUGUAUUCGAUUUGGUUUAAAUACUUAUGUCUAUGGUCCAAAAGAUGAUUAUAAACAUCGUUCAAAAUGGCGUGAAUUAUAUGUUCAAGAUGAAAUUGAUCAUUUAAUUCAAUUAAUACAAACAGCAAAACGAUUAGGAAUUACAUUCAUUUAUGCAUUAUCACCAGGACUAGAUAUUGUUUACUCUAGUACAAAAGAUAUGAAUUGUUUGAAGCGAAAAUUAGAUCAGGUAAUUGGUUUUGGCUGUGAAAAUUUUACAUUAUUAUUUGAUGAUAUUGAAGUAGAAAUGUGUCAGAUCGAUAAAGAUUAUUUUCAAUCAUUUGCUCAUGCUCACGUGUCAGUGACAAAUGAAAUUUAUAAUUAUUUACAAAAACCAGAUCUACUCAUUUUUUGUCCAACGGAAUAUUGUAGUAAAAUGGCUAAACCAACCCUAGAUAAAUCACAAUAUUUGCAAACGAUCGGGAAUGGAUUAUUACCAGAUAUUGAUAUUUUUUGGACAGGUCCAAAAGUUGUCUCUCGUCGUAUUGAUCUUGAUCAUAUUGAACAAGUAAAUAAAAUAUUAAAACGUCGUGUAAUAAUUUGGGAUAAUAUUCAUGCAAAUGAUUAUGAUCAACGUCGUCUAUUUCUCGGACCAUAUUCUGGUCGUCCAUGUGAAAUAAUGUCAUCACUUAAUGGUCUUAUAUCAAAUCCAAAUUGUGAAUUUGAAUGUAAUUUUAUUCCAUUUCAUACAUUGGGACAAUGGUAUUCUUUCUAUCAAAAACCAACAACAAAAGAUAAUGAAGAAGAAGUAGAAGAAGACAAUAUUAAUGAUCAAGAGCCGGCAACAUACGAACCAUUUCGAGCUUUAGAACGAGCAAUUGUAGCAUGGUUACCAGAAUUUAAUCGUACAAAAAAUGCUGAAGGCUCUAGUAAAAAUCAUUUGUUAUGCGAACCAAUGGAAACAUUAUCAUCAACUAUUUCUACUCCACAAAUGAGUCCAAAACCAGCGCUUGUUAAUAGUGAAGAUGAUUCACAAGAUGGUAGUCAACCAACAAUGUCAAAACCAUUAAAACAGUCGACUCAAGAUCAAAUGGAAUGUGAAAUAUCAGCAUCAAUAAUCAAUGAUUCUCUAACAAUUGAUGAUUUAAGAUUAUUAGUUGAACUAUUUUAUUUACCAUAUGAACAUGGACAAAUAGGUAUACAAUUAUUACAAGAAUUUCAUUGGUUAAAAACAAAUAAACAACAACAACAACAAACAAAUACAAGACGAAAUAUGGCACAGAUUGAAGAAUGGCGAGAUCGUUCAUUAAAAUUUCAUAAUAUACGAAAAUCAAUAGGAAAAAUGGUUCAACGUUUAACAACAAUUCAAAAUCGUUCAUUACUUUAUGAAUUAUACAGUUAUGCAUCAGAUAUAAAUUCAACAAUUUCACUAUGUUCACAAUAUUUGAAAUGGAUGGAUGACAAUCAAAAAACAACGUCCGUAUUUAUGUCCGGUGAUCAAGAGCCAUGGGUACAUCGUGGUGGAUUAAGUGCAGAAUUCUUGAAUGUUUUACCAAUUGGACCGUAUCAGAAUAUACUACGUGAACAAAAAUUUUUGAGUAUUUAUACAAUUCGCCCGGUGUUAUCAACUGAUGAUCCAAUGUUAUAUGAUAUAUGUACUCAAUCAUCUUUUAAUCAUAGUUACAGUGAUCUUCUAUCUCAAUAUCCCGAUAUUAUUGCCGAUAAAUAUAUUGGCGGUUAUUUAAUGUUAGAUCGUGGUUGUUGUUUUGUAAUAGAAGAUCAAAAUGAUUCAAUAUGUGGAUUUUGUGUAACAACUCUCGACAGUCAUUUAUUUGAUAAACAUUUACAGCACACAUAUAUACCACAAAUGAUGCAAAAAUAUACUUCGCAUCAAAAUGACAAUAGUGCAACAACAACAACAGCAACAACAUCAAUAACAAACGCAAACAACGAUCAGAUACAGAAAAUGUUUGAACCUUUUACAUGUCCACUAUGGUUAUAUGAACGUUUUCCCGCUCGUUUGCAAUUUUAUUUUUAUCCACAAUGUGACAAUGUACAAAUUAUAUGUCAGAAAUUAUUAAAAACUGUAUUUGAAUCAUUAAAACAAAGAGGUAUUCAAGGUUGUCAUUCAAUAUUAUCUGAAAGUGAUUAUGCUACUCAUCAACUUUAUUUAAAUGUUGAUUUUUUAAAUUUAUCAUGUAUGGAUAUUAAUAAUCAGUUAAUCAUUGUUGGAAAGCAACUUUAA